CACUUCCGUUUCACUGCAACCGUCAUGGAGAAUGAGUAACCGUUAGGGAAAAGGCUAGCUUUUUUGUAGUAUACAAGCUAGCAUCAAUCCUUUUCUACCUUUCUUUUUUUUGUAAGGAAACAAUUAAGCGAACGUUUCGAGCUCAACGAUUUGAAAUGAAUAUUAUUCCGAAGCGGGCCGCCCUUAAGGUUACAACCGGAGUCAUGAGCUGUAUUAUCCUUCCUCAAAAUGGAGUCGUGGAGGGACCAAUUCACUACGGCUCAGUAGAAUCUUCCCCGCAGAUUCCCAUGGGCUCAACCAUAGUCUCUCACAACGGGAAUGUCGGUUCAAGCGAUCCACCUAAAAGGCCCAAGAGCUUGGAAGUCAACUCGGCAAACGGGUAUUCAACAAAAACCUGUCAGGAGGACAGCGACAACGACCACGGCUCUCUGCCGUACACUCCGGAGUCGCCGACGGACAGUGAAAUCAGCAUCUCCAGUUGCCCAGCAGGGGAUGAAGUGUUGGACAGUGAUACCAGGGAACUCAUUUUACAGUUUCUGAGAGACUAUACUGAACUUUCGAGACCACGGUGGAAUGAAAACAAAGCACUAUCAACCAUGAAGAGAGUCGUGGGAGACGUUUUGGAUAAACACAGAUUCGCAUACAAUGGUAUGAUCAACAAAUUGUCAUUGGAUAAGAGAGGGGAAGAUGUGACAUUUGUCUGUGCAGUAGCCAAGAACCUCUUCGCAGACGGCACUACGAACUGGGGUCGUAUCACCAGCCUGGUGGCCUUCGGGGCAGUGGUGUGUCAACACCUGAAGGACACAGGCAGGAAAAACUGUGUGGAGCAGGUUGGGCAGGAGAUCUGUGCAUACCUGCUGUCUGACCAGCGGGAGUGGCUUGUGAAAAACAAUUCCUGGGAGGGCUUUGUAGAGUUCUUUCGAGUAUCAGACCCAGAAUCGACCGUGAGGAACGCACUCCUUGGCAUUGCUGGAUUUGCUGGCAUCGGGGCAACACUGGCCCUGUUGAUCAGGUGAAUUUGGACAGUUUUGAGACCUGUUCUCAAAUGCUGGACGCUUCUUCUUUUAACAAACUUUGGUUUGGACUUGAGAAGAUGGAAAUGAAAGCUUAAUUCAAGCUUCAGUCAUAAGAUGGUCACACCAGUGGUUACCUUAAUCUUUACUUUGGGCUCAUUCCACGCACACCUGGAAGAAAGGAAUGAACUUUUCAUUCAGCAGUCAACCUUCAAACAAUUAGGUUUUAUUUAAUUUACAAAGAGGUCUAUUUUUCUAAUAAAUGUAAAAUGUUUCUAUGCAAAUUGAAAUGGUAAUGGGAAGUCAGUUGACCUGAUUUUUUUUUUUUUUUUUUUUUGCUUGAUUUUUUCUUUGAUCAUGUUUACGUGUUCCUGAUUAUAAAAAAAAAAAAAUUCCCUGGCAUUAAGGGUGUUUGAAUGCAAGCGCCUGGCCAAAGCAGGAAAGUACAGCUGCGUUUUUCCAUGUCAUGCGGUCAUGAAACCCAUUUUCAUAGAGCCCAUUCAUAACCCCUGGAUUGUUUGUAUGGAUGCCUGCAGCAUGUGAAGGGAGGAGGGGCUGAAUUUGCAUGAGUGUAGUUCUGCUUCCUUGUUAUGAAAAUAUUGGAUCUGUGCUAGGAGACAAGAGCAACCACAUGCAGGACUUAUGGCUGUACAGGAGCCUGGAAAGUUUGAGUCUGUUGGAAGAAAUGAACAUGGACUGUGAGCUGGGAAGAUACAGAUUGUGCUGGCCAGCACCAGAGCUGACAGUAGGGGGAAGAAUAUUAGUAAACAAAGGAAGAAAGCAGACAACGUUUAAUAGUACAGAUCCAGUUGUAAGCUAACAAAUCUGUAUAGGUUGCACAAAAUAAAUAAGAGAACAUAUAA